AUGGAGAUUAUAUUUGCUUCUGAUGCUGAUAUUCUUCGGCAAUACGAUUUGGAUGUGGAUAUGUGGAUACAAAGAAGACCAUCGCUAUUUGAUUCUGAUCGAGAUUUUAACUUACUGGAACAAGUUUUCCGAACGGGGGUUGAUUGGAUCGGAUACCAAUCGGAGAACCUCGUCAAAAAGGAACCAUUGCCAAUCACGAAUCGGACCUGGAUCGAUCGAAUCGAUCAUCGAAAAGUGGUUGCUCAACUCUAUUGGUGUGAUGGAGAUUCCUUGCAUGAGUCAGCCGACAAUUUGAAGACUCAUUGUGAUCAAGCUUUUCUUCACAUCUCAAACUUCAUUGAGAACAAUCGUUUCAAGAAGCGAAAAUGUUAUAAAUACUCAGUGCUUUUCGAUUUCUCUGCUGGAUCGCUGCCAAUCGGGAUUGCGGCUUCGAUUUUGUUGUCGAGUUUGGCGAAAAAUUUCACGAUCUCUAUGUGGAUCGCCGUAAAACAAAUUGUGGUCCGUGUGAGUAAUCACGAAGAAAUGGGCAUGUUUCGUCAACUUCUUCAAAACGAGAAGAUCUCGGCCGAACUUGAAGCCGAUGGUUUCUGCCUCUCAGUGGCGCAAUUAGCCGAAUUUGACAUGUUGUCCGCAGAACAUUCGCCAAUUGUGAAACGCUUUAUGCGAGAGAGACCAAGAGAUCGCUCGGCAUCGGUGUUGAGACGAGUGAUGCAAGGAAUCAGAUCUGGAUUGAUCUCCGAGCAUCAUGGACCACCACCGGUGACUCCAAGAAAAAAAAGUAGUCGAAUUCGAAGAAUGUCUGUGCCGGAACUUCCUGAGAGCAAAACUCAACCAUCAACCGCAUUAAGUUACAAAAGAAAACCCGAUCUGGAAAGGAAUAACUCUGUUAGACAAUUGCUGAAUCGUGUUGGUGCCGCGUCUCCACUUCUUUCAAAAAGACUCUUAAGACGAAGAGAUAAAUCAGAAAGCCCGAGAGCUCUUCCACUUCAAAAUUCAAUUGAAAGCACUUUUGAUUGUGCGAUUGCUGUCGUUUCACAAGAUGAGUUGGAGCCAAGCAAUUGCCUCCACCGUGCUUGUCACCGCGAGGAGGAUGACUUCCGGAAGCUAUCCGUCCGUCACCACAGAUCCUCGCAUACCGCUCGACUUGGUGAU